AUGGCAACAAAAUCAUGUGGAACAUUGAUCUAUCGAAAUUCUUCAAUAUUAUCUUCACAUUCAAAUUAUUCACAUAUAAGUGAUGCUGAAUGGAUAACAAAUAGUAUAUCAUUAAUUAUAUUUAUACUUGCAUUUAUUGGAAAUACAGCUGCACUUAUUGUUAUGUUUGGACCGAGAGGUUCAAUACGAUUAACAAAUAAUAAAUAUUUAGCUAAUUUAGCAUGUGCAGAUUUAUUACGUGCAUGUUUCAUGCCUUUUACUAUAAUAGCAAGAAUGAAAAAAAAUUUUAUAUUUGGAAAGAUGAUUUGUAAAAUUUUACCAAUUGUUCAAGGUUUAAGUGUAGCUGUGGAUGUUUUUACUCUUGUUUGUAUAAGUGUUGAACGUUAUUUAGCUAUAUGUCGUCCAUUACUUAUAUUAAAACUUCAAUCUAUUCGAUUUUCUAAUCUUCUCAAUGCUUUUAUUUUAUUUUUAAUAUGGUUAUUAAGUCUUUUAAUUGCUUUACCAAAUCUAUAUAUGUAUAAUUUAUGUUCAUUACCUAAACCUGGCCGUUUUAAAUGUGAAAAAACAUCACCAGAUGAAUUUGAUGAAAAACUUUAUAUGAUUACUUUAGAUGCUUUUUAUUUUGUAAUACCAAUGGUUGUCAUGAUUGUUCUUUAUGCAUUAAUUAUUCGAAAAAUGUAUAGAAAUAGUACAGCCGUACAAAUGAGAUCAUUUAAAAAUAAUAUACAAAAAGGCAAAAUUUGUUUAAAUUCUUCAUCCCCUAAAUAUAUUCCAUUCAAUAAACUUUCUAAAUUUCGAUUAGUUAAUUCUGAUUUAACUGUAAAUAAAAGAAGAGAAUCAUCUAUGUUGGAAAAAUUUGGUCAACGAUUAUCAUUUCAUAGUAACAGUAAAUCAAAAUCAGGUUUAAGUGAGGAUGAACAAAUACCAAAUUCUGAAUUAAAUAUUUCCAUAAAAAAACAUCAAUUUAAUCGAACAUAUACAAUAACUAGACUUCCAUCUCAAAAUAAUAAUGAUAAUACAACAAAACAAGAUUUUCAUCGUUUAAGUUCUCGAAAAAGUAGGACUCCACGUCGUGGUUCAUCAACACAAGGUUUAUGUCGUACGGAUCGUAAUCGACGUAAAGCACUUAAACUUUUAAUAACAUUAAUUAUGGAAUUUUUUAUUUGUUGGACACCAUUAUUUAUUUAUCAUACAAUUGGAACAUUUGAUAAAAAAUUUUAUCGUUCAACACCAAAUAUUUAUGUAGAUUUAAUACUUCUUUUUUCAUUUGCAUCAGCAUCAUGCAAUCCAUUAACAUAUUAUUUUAUGUCUAAACGUUAUCGAUCAGCUUUAUAUGCUUAUUUACAAUGCUGUUAUUUGAAUGAAAAUGAACAAAAAUUUAUUAAUCAAAAUAAUCAUCAACCACAUCCUAUACAUAAACCUUUACGUUCAAAUGAAAAAAAAAAUUCUCCUGAAUUAAAACACAAAACACAAUUAAAAAUUGAUACUCAUAAUGAUCCUCGAUUAAGAUCUAAAACAUGCUAG